GGAGACCUGUCACCUGCCCCGGUCCAGAUCUCACACUUAAGUAGUCAGUCGUCUAUCGCUUCGCACACGAGCUCGCAUAUCAGUAUCAGUUUUUUUUAGAAUCACUUAAAUAGUUCAAAGCUAUAGUCAAAAUUCCAAGUGGCACAAAUUAUUAGUUAUCAGUUAUCCACGUUCACUGCAAUCCUCGUUGAUCCGUCACCACAAUGGCACACAAUGAGGCGGCUGGCGAGGAGUCCGGCGUUCCACAGGACACGGUCAUGUAUUCUCAAUUGCAGCCAUGGAGCCAGGCGGGCGCUCCGCCGUGCAUGGAGCCCGUCACCGGGCCCUCGAUACCGCCGCGCGUCGGUGCCGCCUACGAGACAAACUUGAAGCAUCCAUGGCGCCCGGCAAUGUCCUAUGAGCUCAUCCAGGUGAAGCAUCUGCCCGAGCAGCCGGUGACCAAUCAGUUGACGAAGCAAUGCUUUCUGCCCAAGGGCAUGAAAACGGAUGGGAUGAUAUUCCCCAAUUUGGUUAUUGGAUUCGAUCGGAAUCCCCAGCACGCUGCCCGGGCAGCUCUCUAUACGCGAUAUACCAGCAACGAGUGGUACAACAACAACAUGACCAAGUAUGCUGAAUCAAACAUGAAUCGUAACCUAUCAGAGCGCAUGCGCAACGAUGCAGUGCGUCUGAUGCGUGAGACAGACGAGAAGGCGACCACCGGCCAGCGAGAUGCCGGACGACGGCUAGGCGAGCGUAUCACAGAUCUGACCUUUUGGCGGAAUGAGCUGAAUGCUGAGCUGGAGAAGCUCAUUGCUGAGAUGUCCGACAUCAAUGAGCUGCAACGGCAGUGCGGCAAGGCGCUGCUUGAUCUUGAGAUCCCGCUGCAUAUCGCCCAGGAGUGCCUGUUCCAUCGCGAGUCCCGGCAGGGUGCUGAGAAGGUGCACGAUAUCGUCGAGAAGGCCUUGCUGGUGGAGAUCAACAACCUGCGCAAUUCCCGCGAGCGCUUGGGUGGACUGCACGAUAAGAUCUCGAAGCAGGCGCUCGAUUGUCGCGGUGCCCAGCAUCUGCUUGAGGACGAUGUGUCGCACAAAGAGUCCUCCUUGGGCAUUGACUCUAUGUGCCAUCAGCUAAACAACCAUAGUCGGGGCAUCACCUACUACGGCGGCAUCGAAAAGUUUGAUCCAUCGGUGAGCACCCAGGAGUCCUGGGCAAUGGCCAGCAGCGAGCAUGUUCGUCGCUCCCAGGCGGAGCGGAAGAAGCUUUCGAUGCUACGCAGCGACUCCCAGAGUGUGGUCAAUUCGGUGGCCUCCACCGUCUGGGACUUCUGGAGCAACACAAACAACGCCUUCGAUCGGCGCUCGCAGGAGAUGGCCGAGGCAAAGAAUAGGGUGCAACUGCAUCUGCAAAAGGUGCAGCAGGAGCUUUUCGACAUGGAGAAGCACCUGUUCUUGCUACAGAAGGCCAUCCAGGACAAGUCCGGUCCGUUGAAGGUGGCCCAAACCCGACUGGAGGCUCGCUCGCAUCGCGAAGGCGUGGAAUUGUGCAAGGAUCAUGCACAGGACCGUCUCGUUCAGGAGGUCCAAGACAUCCAGAGCACUGUGGAGACGCUCCACCAUAAGCUUCAGGAGGCGGAGGCCGCUCACCAGUGUCUGUUGAAGACCCGCUGUUCACUGGAGGUAGAUCUGCGCAAUAAGGUCAACGCGCUGUUUAUCGAUCGCGAGAAGUGCAUGAGUCUGCGGCGCUCCUUCCCGGUCAACAAUCUAAUCAAGUAUUGAUCUGGACCUGGCUCCGACUUCCAGGAUUCCGAUGCCCAAUGUAGUCCCGUUGCACCAUCGCAGCACGCGCUUCUGUCUAACGCACUGCAUGUCACCAGAUAUUAAUUAAUAAAUCGGAGUUUAAUGGUUUUAUAAAUGAAAACAUG